GAGCCGGGCCCCUGGGCUGAGCCGGGCCCCUGGGCUGAGCCGGGCCGCGCGGGGCCGCAGGCAGCGCCGGCCCGAGGGCGAUGCGCCGCUGCCCCCGCCGGGGCCGCAGCCCCCCGCGGCCGCCCGCCCGCCUCCGGGGCGCGGACGUGCUGCGGUGCCCCUGCUGCCGCCUGCUGCUCUGCGAGCCCGUCACCGUGUCGUGCGGGCACUCCUUCUGCGAGCCGUGCCUGGGGGCGGCCCUGCCCGCCCGCUGCCCCCUGUGCCAGGAGCGGCUGCGGCUGCUGGGCGUCGGGGCGGCGCGGCGCAACGUGCUGCUCUGCGGCCUCCUGGCCAAGUGCGCGCGCGGCGAGCGGCCGCCGGGGCGGGCGGCCCGGGCGCGGCUGCGGGCGGCCCGCGAAGGCGUCGAGCUGGCUCCAGAUGACACUUCCCUGCGGCUGUGCCGGGCAGAGGCGUAUGUGGCCCUGGGGCAGUAUCCAGAGGCGCUGGAGGACCUGGACGUGGUGUGCAGGGCUAAGCCUGGAGAUGGAGAGGGCUUCUUCAGGAAAGGGAAGGUGCUUCUGGAGAUGGGGCGGAGAGCUGAAGCCCUGUUGGAGUUUGAGCACUGCCUUGUGUUAAGUCCCCCUUUCCCUGCUGCUCGGAGCGAGCUGGAGAAGAUCCUCGCGCAGGAUGACUCUCCUUGGCCAAGCGUGGCUGCAGAGCUCUCAACUGCUGUCCACUGGGGCUCAUCCAGCCGCCGAGCAGGGGAAGAAGGAUCAAGCACUGGGCUCACAUCCGCCCCUGCACAAGAGUAUGCUCAGGUUCAGGAGGGAGUGACGGAGGAUGGCAGUGGGGAAGCUGUGCCUGGGGGUGGCCAGCUGAUGCCUGCCCUUUCCCUGCCGGGGAGACAGCAAGACUUGGAUGCUUUGGCAGAGAGCCAGGAAAGGCAGUUGUCGGACAGUGAAGAGGAAGCAGCAGCAGGAGACCAGCCGUGCCUGGGGGACCUGCUGAGUAUAUCCGACCUGGAGUGUUCCCUCUGCAUACGGAUGUUCUUUGAGCCAGUGACAACACCGUGUGGGCACACCUUCUGCAAGGAGUGCCUUGAACGCUGCCUGGACCACAGGCCCAACUGCCCCCUCUGCAAACAGAGCCUGAGAGAGUACCUAAAGGCUGGAAGUUACAACCCCACUGUGCUGCUGCAGGAGAUCAUGCUGGCCACCUUCCCCUCCCAGCUGGCUGAGCGGAGAGAGCUGCACCAGGCCGAGAUGGCAGAGCUCUCCAAUCUGACCAAGAACAUCCCCAUCUUCGUAUGCACGAUGUCCUUCCCAGGCAUCUCGUGCCCUCUGCAUGUCUUUGAGCCUCGCUACCGCCUCAUGAUACGGCGGUGCCAGGAGACCGGUACGAGGAGGUUCGGCAUGUGCAUCUACGAGAAUGGAAAAAGCUUUUCCGACUAUGGCUGCAUGCUGGAGAUUCAACAGAUUGAGUUUCUGGCAGAUGGAAGAUCCCUGGUGGACACGAUAGGGAGGCGGCGGUUCCGAGUGCUGAGACGGGGACACAGAGAUGGCUACAACACUGCUGAUAUUGAGUAUCUGGAGGACAAGAAGGUGGCCGGGGAGGAGCUGGAGGAGCUGCAGUGCCUGCAUGAGAGCACCUACCAUUUGGCUCAGAGGUUUUGUGAGCAUGGAGAUGUUGCCUCCAGACACAUUUUGAUGCAGCAUGGACCCCUGCCGGAGAAGGAGGAGGACAUCCAGGCUUCUGCUGACGGACCAGCCUGGUGCUGGUGGCUCAUCUCCGUCUUGCCCCUUGACCCAUCCUACCAGCUGACGCUCUUCUCCACCACGUCUCUGCGGGCCCGCCUGGCCCAGCUGCAGCGCAUCCUCACGGCGCUGCUGCAUGCCCACCCCGGCGGGCUCCCGCAUGGCCCCCAUGGCCAGGUCUGAGGGGCCUGCUGUGUGCCUGGCGCAGUCUACGCCAGGGAGAGCUUCACCUAGCUGGUCUCCUUCUGUGUUUCUUCAUGGUUUUAGCACGGUUGGAUUCCCCCAAAGCAACCUCAGUGACGAGCCAGGCAUCUGCCUCCCUGGGAGCGCGGAGGCAGCCGGCAGUGAUACCAUGCCGUCCAUGUAAGCCGCUUUGGUGCCGCAGGCACUCUGUGCCACCGGGAGGGAAGGUGGCAAGUCUCAUGGCAGGGACGAGGCCAGAAAACUGGGUUGUGUCCUGGGAACCAAAAUCCCUCGGUGAGCUGCUUUGGUGCCAAGGAAGUCUCUCUGUAGGGCACAGGAAUGAGCACCAGGACACCCUUGGUUUUGGGUCUUCCUCUUUACUAAACAGCUAUGAUGUUCUUCAAAAGGGCCUGCCCUGCACAGUGAGGGAGGAGGGUGGUUAGAAGCUUGGGAGAGGCUGUGCUGGGAUGCGGAGAGGUCCCUGCGGCUUUUCCAGACCUCGGGUGCUGAAGGUUCAGCCUCCGUUUAGAAGUCUGACUUGACUGUCCUUCAGACUAGAAGAAAGGGUAGAUGAAACAAUCUGAAUCUCACAGUUCUGCUUCUGACAGUCUCCUUGGCCAUGCAGCGAAGAGACUCUCCGAGCACAUCCUGGUCUACACGUCCCUUCCUCUGGGUGUCCUUGGCUCCCUGGCUGUCUUUGCCAUGCCGGACUUGCAGGGAGCAUCCCCGGUACGGAGCAGUGCGGGAAUGCCAUGGCUGCCUAGCCUGAUGGCCAGGGAUACUGCCGUCCUGAAAUGUGCUGUGGGAAGGGAGGGGUUUGGUAGUGUUAGGGCUUUUCUCCCUGCUCAAAGACGGUGGUUCUGGAUCCUGCUUGGGCUCAGAGUGCAGUUUUGGACCUGGUCGCCAGCGCUGGGGAGAAGGUGCUGGCUGCACAUGCCUGGCUGCUGCUCGUUGCUGAAUACAGGGGGAAGAGUAACUCCUGCCCAUGCAGGCUGGGGCUCUCCUCCAUAGAAAUCCUGAAGGUUUGGGAUUUUUGUCUCCCACCCAUAAUUUCAGUGGGUUUGAGUUAAAAUUUAGGAAUAAUAUCCACUUAGCGAGUCACUGGAUUAAACUCUUUCCAGAAUCUUAUCUGUGUCUUUCCCAUAUGCUCCACACGCCAUCUGGGGGCUCUGUGAGCUGUUACAUGUGUGUGGGAGAGAAAAUUGGGUUGGGGCUACAGUGCUCUUUACGGCAUCUGAAUCAUCUCAGCAUCUGUCUGUGCCCUGGGAGUGCUGGGUCCUGCUCCCGCCUGGGUUAGUCUGCCCUGACCUCUGGGGUAGGGGGCUCCACCCCGGACCUGCCCCCAGUGACCACCUUUUCCCUUCCCCCUCUCUCCGGGAUCCAGAGGUUUCACUGUUUCCUCUCCAACACAGUGCCUCCCUGGAGCGAGGGUUGGACUGAGCUGAGCUCUUGCUCCCGAGGGACCAUGGGGAGAGCAGAUUGGCUGAGGGUAAUAUGAAGCUGGAUUUGCUCCUCUACCUUUGAGCCAUGUCCUCUCCCAUUUUGCCACUGUUUCUCUAGAACAGUGUGACUCCCUCGAAGGGGCUGCAGCCUGUCUGACUGGAGCAGGCAGGAGAGGCAAUGGUGGGACUCCCCGUGGCUGUCCAAGGGCACCUGCAUGCAGGUGGCAGAGCAUGCUGGCUCCCCACCACUGAAUUUUGGGAAGUGCCUUUCUUUUCCUGUCUUUUCAGCCAGUGACCCCCCAGAGCUCCCUGUGUGCCCUCUGAGCUGCUGCCUUGCCAUGUGCAGGAGCUCUGCCUGGGCAGCGAGGAGAGGAUGGUGCGGUGGGGAUGCAGGGGGAAGCGUGUGGCUGCCCCGUGCUGGGAGGGUUCCGGGUUGGUGUUUGGAGAGAGCCAGGGCCCAGAGCCACUUCUGCCUGGCCUGUUUCAGGAAGGGACCUGUGCAAAUCUCUCCAGUUUGCUUGGAGUGCCUUUGGAGUUUGUAUUAGUGUUCUGCCUGGUCAUUGAAAUAAAGGCUUUUGUUUGUUUGUUU